GUCACUUCACCUACCAGUAAAUGGGUCAUCGAUCUAUUUUCAAACCUGCCGCGACAACUGGGCCCCCAUCUCCUAUAUGAUAUUCUGACUUUCCCUUUUUCCUAUUUCUCCCCCUCGUUAAGCAACGCUCGUUGGAAGUUCGUCGACUCAUCACCCAGCAACAUGGAGGAGGUCUACGUCUUCGGCGACCAAACGGCUGACUGCCGGGCGUUCUUCACCAAGGUCUUUACCCGGAAAGACGAUGUUUUACUACAGAGUUUCCUGGAAAGAGCUGGUGACGCCCUCAGAGUCGAAAACAAAUACCGAUCCCAUCCUUCAAAAGCAGUACCUAAUUUCUCCACCGUUCAAGAGUUAGUCGAUCGUUAUUACAGAGGCGAAGCAAAAGAUGCCGCCGUUGAGAGCGCUCUCGUUUGUAUAUCACAGUUCACUCAUUUCAUUGGAACCUUCGAGGAGAGAACACCUUCAUAUAUUCCUCAUAAUGCAGACGCAAGAUUGGUCGGUCUAUGUACCGGUUUAAUCGCAGCAACAGCAAUCGCAUCCGCCGAUUCACUGACGGCUCUCGUUCCAUUGGCCGUCGAAGCCGUCCGAAUUGCCUUCAGAGCUGGCGCCCACGUAGGAAGGGUAGCGGAGCAGAUUGAGGGUGACUCUAAGUCUCUAUCAUGGUCGACCAUUGUUGCAGCGGACGAGAAAUCUGCGCAGGCGGCUCUGGACGCAUUCCACAAAGAGAAGGGCACAUCACCCACAAGCAAACUAUGGAUUAGUGCGUCUUCGGCCACUUCUGUCACAAUCAGUGGUCCUCCCUCGACCAAAGCAAGCCUCUUUGAAGACUCAGAGUUCUUCCGAACGCACAAGAAUGCUCCUGUAUCGAUAUACGCUCCCUACCACGCGUCUCACCUGCAUUCUCAAUCCGACUUGGACAAGAUCCUACGUCCACAGACAAAGGCCAUCUUCGGCAACACUACCGUCGGAUAUCCGGUCUGCUCCAGUGUCACUGGCCAACCAAUUCCCGGUGCCAAUGGGUACGAGCUCCUCCAAGGUGCUCUGAGAGAAGUUGUUGUUCAGCCUCUCCGAUGGGAUAAAGUGUUGAAGUAUUGUGCCUCCGGCAAACCGUCAGAGGCCAAGGUCUUCGCCGUUGGACCGACCAACCUCUCCAGCAGUGUCGUGUCGGCUCUGAAAGCUGUCACCCCCAACGUGACUCUGGAGGACCAGUCUCACUGGAACACAGUUGCGGCCGCUGGCACUCAAAACUCGAAGCGCGAAUCUGACAUCGCAAUCGUCGGCUACUCUGGCCGUUUCCCAGAUGCUGCGGACAAUGAGCUCUUCUGGCAAUUGCUUGAAAAAGGUUUGGACGUCCAUCGACCAAUUCCUCCGGAUAGGUUUCCCGUGGAUACCCACACUGAUCCAACAUCCAAGAAGAAGAACACCUCGCACACACCUUUCGGCAACUUCAUUGAGAGGCCUGGUCUCUUUGACGCCCGUUUCUUCAACAUGUCUCCUCGUGAAGCCGCUCAGACCGAUCCCAUGCAGCGAUUAAUGCUUGCAACCGGUUAUGAGGCCAUGGAAAUGGCGGGUAUUGUUCCUGGCCGAACUCCAUCCACCAAGCAUGACAGAAUUGGUACUUUCUAUGGUCAGACCUCCGACGACUGGCGUGAGGUCAAUGCCGCACAAGAUAUCGAUACGUACUUCAUCUCUGGAGGCGUGCGCGCCUUCGGACCUGGCCGCAUCAACUACUUUUUCAAGUUCUCAGGACCUAGUUUCUCAGUUGAUACCGCCUGUUCAUCCAGUUUCGCUGCCAUCAACGUGGCAAUCACAGCUCUAAGAGCCAACGAAUGCGACACUGCUUUCACUGGUGGCGCCAAUGUCCUCACCAACUCCGAUAUUUUCUCCGGUCUCAGUAGAGGUCAUUUCCUUUCACGAACAGGAUCUUGCAAAACUUGGGAUAACGAUGCUGAUGGCUACUGCCGAGGUGAUGGUGUCUGCACUGUCAUUCUGAAGCGUCUGGACGAUGCUAUGGCAGAUCGAGACCCCAUUUUGGGAGUCGUUCGCGGUAUUGGCACCAACCACUCUGCUGAGGCGGUUUCCAUCACCCACCCUUGCGCGGAGAACCAAUCUUUCUUGUUCGACAAGGUCCUGAAGGAAUGCAACGUCCCCUGCAAUGAUGUCAACUACGUUGAGAUGCACGGAACUGGUACUCAAGCUGGUGAUGGCAUUGAAAUGGAGUCAGUGUCCUCUGUCUUUGCUCCGCGACAAGGUCGCAGACGUCCUGAUCAACCUUUAUAUGUUGGUGCGGUCAAGUCCAACAUCGGUCACGGUGAGGCUGUAUCUGGUGUCUCUGCCCUCAUCAAGGUGCUUUUGAUGUUGCAAAAGAGCAAGAUUCCACCUCAUACUGGUAUCAAGAAGCAGAUGAACAAGAACUUCGCGCCGGACUUGAAGGAACGAAAUGUCAACAUCGCUUUCCAAACCACCCCAUUCCCCCGGCCUGCCGGAGGCAAGCGUACUGUCUUCAUCAACAACUUCAGUGCAGCUGGUGGUAACACUGCGAUGCUUUUGCAGGAUGGUCCAGAAGUGCCCGUCGAGCCAACUUCAGAUCCCCGCUCCACUCAGGUCGUCACUGUAUCCGCCAAAUCAUUGGCCGCAUUCAAGAAUACCUUGUCCAAGUACGAGGCCUACCUUGCCAGCAACCCAAAUGUCGGAUUGACUGAUCUUGCAUACACCGUGACUGCCCGGCGAUCGCAUUACAACUACAGAGCGGCAUUCCCCGUGCAGUCGAUGUCCCAACUGCAACAAUCUCUCAAGGCUGUCCAGGAGCAAACCCACAACCCCAUCCCCCUCGCUUCUCCUCAGAUCGCCAUGGCGUUCACUGGUCAGGGCUCUCAGUACACCGGAAUGGGUCAGAAGCUCUAUGAGACUUCGAAGCAAUUCCGGAACGACAUUGAAGAGUUCAACGAGAUUGCUCUUCGACAAGGUUUGCCAUCCAUCAUGCCUCUGAUCGAUGGAUCAGUCGAGGUUCAGCAUUUGCCACCUACAAUUGUGCAGCUUGGAAUGUGCUGCAUUCAGAUGGCUCUCACCCGUCUCUGGGCUACCUGGGGCGUCACUCCCAGUGUGGUGAUUGGUCACUCUUUGGGCGAAUACGCCGCUCUGCAAGCCGCAGGCGUACUCUCCAUUGCAGACACUAUCUACUUGGUAGGUAUGCGAGCACAGCUUCUUGAGCAGAAAUGCACUGCCGGCACACACGCCAUGCUUGCUGUCAGAUCUCCUGUUGGUGGUCUACAAGACGUUGUUGCGAACAGCCAGGGCAAGAUUGAGAUUGCCUGCAUCAAUGGUGUCUCGGAUACCGUCCUGUCCGGGACCAUGGGUGACAUUGACACUGUUGCACAGAAGUUGGCUGAUGCUGGACAGAAGUGCACCAAACUGAAGUUGCCUUUUGCUUUCCACUCUUCUCAGGUCGAUCCAAUUCUCGCAGAUUUCGAGAAGUUGGCCACUGCUGUCAAAUACCACGCCCCUCGUGUUCCAGUCAUCUCGCCUCUCCUCAGCGAUGUUGUCAGCGUUGGUGGUGUUUUUGACGCUUUCUAUCUGAGCAGGCACUGCCGCAAGACCGUUGACUUUGUUGGUGGUCUGUCCUCUGGCAUGUCAUCUGCGACAAUCAGCGAAACUUCUCUUUGGCUUGAGGUUGGCGGACAUCCCCUCUGCGCCAGCAUGAUCAAGUCAUGCCUGUCUACACCGACAUUGGCGACCAUGCGACGUGACGAAGACCCGUGGAAGAUCAUUUCGACCUCAAUGGCUGGUCUCUACACUGCCGGCAAAGCUCUCAACUGGGACGCCUUCCACAAGGAAAAUGAGAGCCUACGCGUCCUGAACGACCUGCCUUUCUACGGAUACGACCAGAAGAAUUACUGGCUUCAAUACUCAGGCGACUGGCUCAUCCACAAGGGAGACUACCCCAAGGCCAUCGCUCCAGCUCCAGCUACCGCUGCCCCUUCUGCUCCUGUCAAGGCUCGAAAAUACCUUUCUACCUCUGUCCAAGGCAUCGUCUCAGAAGAAGUCAAAGGCAGGACUGUCAAGAUCGUCGCUGAAUCUGAUUUCGCUCAUCCCAAAUUGUUCCCUGUCAUCGCGGGUCAUUUAGUCAACGGUAGUGGUCUCUGUCCAUCUACUCUUUACGUCGAUAUUGCCCACACCCUGAUCAACUACGGUGUGGACUUGGUGGCGCCAGGCGAGAAGGUGGAUAUCAAUAUUGGUGGCAUGGACAACCCUGCACCUCUCCUUUUGAAGAACAUCAACCAGCCAGAGAGUCAAAUCUUCCGCAUGAACAUGACCAUUGACAUGGAUGCACGCAAGGCCGACUUCAAUGUGACGAGCAAUAACGGAAAGAAGGAUGUCGUCCACGCAAAAUGCGUUAUCCGAUUCGAGGACGCCGCCGCCUGGAAGGAGGAAUGGAGUAAGACCUCAUACCUCAUCCAGUCGAGGAUCGACCUCCUCAAGCACAAGAUGGAGAACGGUGAAGCCGACAAGGUCAGCCGGUCAAUGGCGUACAAACUCUUCGGUGCUCUGGUCGACUAUUCCGAUAUCUACCAAGGUAUGCAGAGUGUCAUCUUCGAUGGCCCCGAAUUUGAAGCCACCAGCACCAUCAAGCUUCGUGCUGGUCCCAACGAUGGCGACUUCUUCUUCAGCCCUUACCACGUUGACAGCGCCUGUCAUUUGUCUGGCUUCACCGUCAAUGCUACCGUCAACCGCAUGGAAGAAUGCUACAUCUCCCAUGGAUGGGGCAACCUACGCUUCACGGAACCUCUCAAGCACGACAAGCAAUACUUUGCUUACGUGAAGAUGCAACCUGUGGCUGGUAGUAAGAUGAGAGCUGGUGACGUCUAUGUCUUCAACGAGAACAAGGAAGUUAUCGGUGUCGCGGGUGCUGUUCGCUUCCAGUGCAUCCCUCGCAAAUUGAUGGAUGUCAUGAUGCCCAAACCCAAGGCUGCCGCUGCCGGUAAGGCUUCUGUUUCAGCUGCCCCAGCGGCUUCCAAGGUUGCUGCAAGCCCUGUUGGGAAGCCCGCCGCUCCUGUUCAAGCUACUGUGUCCGCCCCAGCUCCCAAGCCAAAGGUCAAGAAGUCAGUCAAGGCACCCAAGAUCAAGGCACCAACGCCACCAAAGGCUUCAUCUGGCGGUCUCGUUGCCCGUGCUUUUGACAUCAUUGCCAAAGAAAUUGAUGUUGAGCAGAACGAGCUCAAUGACGACAUUCAAUGGGCCGACAUGGGUGUUGACAGCUUGAUGUCGUUGACCAUCUCUGGCAAGUUCCGUGAAGAUCUUGAGCUGGAGGUCGAAAGCACUCUCUUCACCGACUUCGCUUCAGUUGGUGCUCUGCGCAAGCACCUCAGCGGAAUGUCAGCUCCUGAGGCUGUCCCUGCCGGUGAUGCAAGCUCAGUCUCUUCCGCCGACUCAGGCUCCGAGAGUGAUGAAGACACUGUCGAGUCCGGGAUUACCACUCCCGACACCGAGGAUUUCCCAAACAAAGCGGCUGAACAUGGCAAGUCUGCUGCUGUUGAAGCUGUCGCCCAAGCCCCAAGCGCCGCUACCGAUGGAGGUGACAUGAUCGAGACCAUUCGUAUCGUGAUUGCGCAAGAGAUGGAGAUGGAUCUUGGUGAGAUUACCGACACAACCGAUCUCAGCAACCUGGGCAUGGAUUCAUUGAUGGCUCUUACUGUCCUCGGCAAGCUUCGUGAGGAGCAUGAGAUUGACCUUGACCCCACCAUCCUUGCCGACAACCCUUCGCUUGGCCAUCUGCGCAAAGCUCUUGGCCUCGAGAAGCAAAAGGCUGCCCCAGCACCUGGUCCGGCCCGAAUCUCAGCCUCAGCUCCUGCCCCUGCCCCUGUCCCGAAGACCGAGGUGAAGCAAAACAUGAUUGUGGCUCCUGCCGCUCCUCCUGUCGAGGUCGUCAUCCAAAUGCCUCCUGCGACGUCGGUUCUGCUGCAGGGCAACCCAAAGACUGCGACCAAAAACCUCUUUCUCUUCCCUGAUGGAUCAGGAUCCGCGACCUCAUAUGUCUCCAUUCCUGCCAUCGACAGCAAGAACCUGGCCGUCUAUGGUCUCAACUGUCCCUUCAUGAAGGAUCCCACCAGCUACACCUGUGGCAUCGAAGGUGUUUCCAAGCUCUACAUGGAGGAAGUUAUGCGCCGACAGCCUUUUGGUCCUUAUAUCCUUGGAGGAUGGUCGGCCGGCGGUGUUGUUGCCUACGAAGUCACCAGACAACUGGCUGACCUUCAGAAAAUGCAUCCCGACAAGAACUUCUCGGUGGAGAAGUUGAUAUUGAUCGACUCUCCUUGCCCCAUCAGACUGGAGCCUUUGCCUGCACGUCUCCAUCACUUCUUCGAUGAGAUCGGUCUUCUUGGAACUGGAACCGGCAAGACACCCAACUGGCUGCUACCUCAUUUUGAGUACAGCAUCAAGGCUUUGACCGCCUAUCGUCCAGAGUUGAAGUCUACACGUGACUUCAAGGCACCACCAACCCUGCUCAUCUGGGCUACUGACGGUGUAUGCGGCAAGCCUGGCGACAAGAAACCGCCGCCACAGGCCGAUGAUCCCAAGAGCAUGAAAUGGCUCUUGGAGAACCGAACUGACUUCGGGCCCAAUGGGUGGGACAAACUAUUGGGUGGUGAGGUUUGCAAGAUGGUUACCGUCAACGGCAACCAUUUCACAAUGAUGAAGCCUCCAGUGGCGAAGGGCGUUGGUCAAUUCAUCCGCGAGUCUCUGCUGAUGUAGAGGACGAGCGACCACAUUUUCAUGCUACGAGAUACCUGAUAGAAGCGGAUGUAGAACUUUUUGACACUUUACGGCUUUGUUGCAUCAGGCCCCCAGGGAAAAAUCAGUACAUACUGGGUUUGGUAGCGUUCUGGCCCCUGUUGUUUCUUGUCUGGGCAUUUUCAGGAGCGUUUGGGAGUAUAGGCAGAAUUUAGAUUGUCAGUGACGCUGGGGAUUGUUUCACGGCGCGGGCGUUGCAUACUGGUCGACGAGGGCAAGCGGCGUGACCAGGACUUUGUUUUCUUUUCCUUGAACCUAUUUGAUGUUUAGGGCUUCUCUGAAGUGCCCAUCAAUGUCAUUCAUAGCUCUGAAGUCUAAUGCACACCACCUUUACGAAAGUCACU